UCUCGUCAAAUCUCGUCAUCUACGAAGGCGGUGAUUUGAAACUUGAAACUAAGAGAAUAAAUGCUGACAAGAGGGCAAUUAUUCAAAAAUAAUUAAGGAACAUGAAUUCUUGCACUGUUAUGGAACUUGCUUCACAAUUUGGUGAUAAAAUCCAAAACUUGAAGAAUUGUUUUAAGCUCCAAGCCUGCAGUGGAGAUGUAAACUGCCAGCAGCUGUUGACAGGUAUAGAUAAAGAUAUCUGUGAGUUGGAAGUUUUGAUGGCCUUGAUGAGAGCAGAGGUGGCAAGAGAAAAAGAAAAUUUGAAGUCCCUGGAGGUGCUAAAGGAACAGGUUCUAGACCUCCAAAAGAAUCUCCAUUAUGCAAAUGAUAAUCUUCCACAAAGGCUUCCACAGAAAAAAGUUUGCACUAAAAAUGAGGCAUCUGAAAAUGGAACAACUGGCAGCCCAUUAGGAAGUAAGAAAGAUGCAGUGAGCUCAGAAAAUGGUAUGGUGGUGCAGGGAGCUAGAAAAAGAACCAGACCCCCUGUUCCUGCUAUUGAAUAUUUGACAAAGGAUGAAUAUGAGGAGGUGCCUAAGUACAUAAAAGGAAGGAUAAAUUAUGACAGUGUUAAUUUGGCUAUUGAUGAGCUUAACAAGGCUGUUUCUGCCAAGUACAGUAUUGUUGGAAAGCCCAGAUCUGUCAUUAUGAAAAGCAGUGAUGCCAUAAAGAAACAGUUUGACCAGUUUAAAAGUCAAGAAACAAAGGAGACUAAAGGUGUGCAUUUCAUAGUUGAUGGGGACAUCAAGUCACUGAGCAGUUUAAAGAUGGACUCUAGUGCCAGGAGUGUGCUUACCAUACUAAGACAUUGUGGUAGGAUAAAGGAGAUCAGGGGAGGAGGCUGCACCAGAUACUGUGUUUGUGUUUAAAGAUGGACUCUAGUUCCAGGAGUGUGCUUACCAUACUAAGACAUUGUGGUAGGAUAAAGGAGAUCAGGGGAGGAGGCUGCACCAGAUACUGUGUUUGUGUUUAACGUCAUUAUGUGUUACCCCUCUGUAUGUCAAACCACUCGGCAUGCCACAAAGGUGAUAGUUCCUAAAUUUAUGAGGGAAUAAGAUCCUGAUUUGCUUAACAAUGCUUUUGACUUUUCCACAUACUUUAAGAAUAUUGUUUUCGUGUAUUUUGAUCCAUUUGCUUAAAACUGACUGAAUCCACCAUAACUAUGCCUUUCCCAUGGACAGCCACUGUACUGGUCAUGUGAAAAAAAUCCCAUGUGUGGAAAUUCAUCAAGUUUGUUAACAUUAUCAUUUUAUUACGACCCCAUUCAGAAUAGGGGAUAACUAGGCAGAGGGUCAAAUAUGGCCGACCUA